AGCGUUAAUGUGUAGGAAGUCUUCAUUCCUCGCUGCUGUUGUCGGGCAAAAGUUUGGGUGGUUAAGUUUAUGCGGUGUUUGACAAGAUGAAAUCUUCCAGAAUGACUUUUAUUGCUUGGCUGCUUGUGUGCCUUUUGGAUCAAUCAGCUGGUUACCCAAAUGGAAAAGUAUCCGAAUCCUGUGACUCUAUGUUGCCUUUUCAUGGAGGGUCACCCCAGAAAUUUCCCAAGCAUACCAUUGAAGUGAACGUGACAGAAUUUAAACCAGGAGAUCGUGUGAAAGUUAGUUUUUCUGGGCCUACAUUUGAAGGCUUUUUGCUACAAGCUCGCAAUGCUGACCGCUUGGAAGACCUGCCCAUUGGUUCUUUUGCAUUAGCUGAUCGGAGACGAUCUCAGCUCCUUAGAUGUGGACAUGUAAAGAACUCAGCUGUUAGUCACACCAGUAAAUCUAAGAAAGACCAUAUGGAUGCUUAUUGGAUUGCUCCUAGAGAUGCACCAAAGAACAUACAAUUCCUAGUCACAGUUGUACAAAAAUUCAGUAUCUACUGGGUAAAAAUUCCUGGUCCUAAGAUUUCUCAAUCUACUAUACUUCCUUUGACAACAAUAAUGUCUACUAAUAGGACCAUUCCAACAUCCUUGCCUAUCUCUUCCCUAAGCCAACCAUUCAACGCUUCAGACUGUGGAGAUCGCAAGUUCUGUGUGAGAAAUCCAACACACUGUGACCCUAAAGCCAACAAUUGCUUCUUUCUCUCCUUCAAACAAGAUUAUGACUCAGUAUGGAUUGAAAUGAGCGGUCCCAGUGAAGGCUAUAUUGCCUUUGCAUUAUCUCAUGAUCAAUGGAUGGGUGGUGGUGAUGAUGCAUAUCUCUGCAUUAGUGAAGUUUAUUGUGCUGACAUCAGGACAGCUUUGCUGGUUGGGCGAUCUUAUCCAGAAUUUGACUCGAAGAGUGCUUUGCAGAAUAUAUCUUGGAGACUGGCUGAUGGCCUUAUCCAGUGUUCUUUCAGAAGAAGAAUUCGCCUUCCAGCUUCUACAGGAAGAUAUAAUCUGGAUGCAAACUAUUACAUAUUUCUGGCUGAUGGUGAAAUCAGCACAGAAGGUGAAAUCUACAAACACCAACAACAACCUCUGAUUACAAAUGGAAAAUACAACAUUCUAGGUCCAUUAAAAGACAUUGGAGGAUCCCGCUCUCCAUUCCUGAUCAAAAUCCAUGGUGCACUAAUGUUUGUUGGAUGGAUAACUACAGUUAGCAUAGGGGUGAUCGUUGCCCGGUUUUUCAAAUCUGUCUGGCCUAAUACUCUACUAUUUGGAGAAGAGAUUUGGUUUCAGAUCCAUCGUUCCUUGAUGAUAAUAACAAUAUUGCUCACAAGCAUAUCUUUUGCUCUUCCUUUUAUAUAUCGAGGAGGUUGGAAUAAACAAGCAGGUUUUCACCCCUAUUUCGGCUGCACUGUGAUGGCUCUGGCACUUUUUCAGCCUCUUAUGGCAGCGUUCAGACCCCCUCCACAAGCACCAAGAAGGCAGAUUUUUGGCUGGUUACAUUGGAGCGCUGGCACAACUGCUAGAAUAUUAGCUGUGGUAACAAUGUUCCUGGGAAUGGACUUGCCAGCUCUCAACCUUCCUCCAUGGGAUACUUACGCAAUGAUUGGAUUUGUAGCUUGGCAUGUUGGGAUUGAUGUGCUUCUGGAACUACAUGGCUACUGCCUCAUCCGCAAAGUUGAGGUGUUGGAAGAUGACAGGGUACAAAUAUUGCAAUCCUUAUCUUCUGCAGAAGCCCAGGGCCAUACAUUUAAAAAAGCAGUGCUGUUUAUCUACAUUUGUGGCAACAUAGCAUUUCUUGUCACCUUCAUAACAGCAGUUGUGCAAGUAUGAUUCCAUAAAAGCCUUGACUAUUCUAGAGAGUUUGUCAUUACAGUUCAAAAUAACUUCUUACUGGAUUUCAUAGCUGUCAAAGAAACUUAUCUUCAAUUCAAGAUUGUGAGAACAACUCUUCACCACACAGCCAUUGAAGAGCAAACUUUGUUGGUCUUGAUAAGAAUCUGUCUUGGGCUUCUUCCUGAGUUAACUACUUGCUUUAUAUUUUGUAUAUUUAUAUUCUGUAGCUUUAUCUAUUACGUGAAAGCUAGGGGAGGAUCUUAUUUUGAGCCAAUGGACCAUUGCUCCUCAAGUUCCAGGACAUACCUGUCAGAUGUGGCUGAUAUUUCACACACAGUAUUGUUUUCUUGUGGUAAAAUGUGAUCUUUGACAACCAUGUGGCCCACAGCAUGUCAAAAUCGGAAGAUAGAGUAUAAUGAUGAAAGAUCCACCUCUUUUGAAUGUUGAGCGCAUAUAUACAAAAUAUUGUUCAUCAUCCCCACCUACCCCAAAGAUGCUGCUGCAUAUGUACCUCAUGUUUCAUACAUUUUGUCUUCCCUCCCACACACAAUCACUAUUUCAGUAUUAUGAAGCCCAUUUCCAAGUACAGACAUUUUUACCAGAAGCUCCUUUUUGUGAAUUCAAGAUAUUUGUAUGAGAAUACUCUUUUGAAGUAUUUAUUACAGAUUUUUAGAUUGAGAUGUGCACAUAUUAUUCCAAGAGUGAUGACAAUUGUUUGAACGUUGUUGUUUCUUGUCACUUCUAAACACUUGAAUAUGUUUGUAGACUACCUCUUUCUCUUGAAAGUAACUAGGUACUAUACAGAUUGUCCUCUUUAGCAUGUAUUUAAUGAAUGAUGAGUAAUAUAUUGUUGCUAAAGUUAGGAUGAUCUCUAAUGGAUGAUGUAUUCAUCCAUUGGUGACCCUUUUGUUACAGACCCGUGUGUGUGUUCUACACGGUUAGAAGAACCUCUAGAGAAGAAGUCCAAUGUAUGUAGGUGAUGCUGCUGGGUUUGGAAAAGCUGGGAAUUAGAUGGAGCUGCAUAUGGAAAUAGGCUAAAAAUGUUAGUGUAAAAUUCCAAUCCACAUUGUUAAAUGGCAAUGUAAGUCACUACAUUGACUUACAUUGACUUUUUGACUCUGAUCCUAAAGAGAGUCCAGUAAAAAAAAAAAAAUCUUUCAACUCAAGUCUCUUUGGUGUCAGACUAUUUCCAUUACUUAUGCUCCAUAAAAAUGAUGUCCGUGACCAGCAACACUGUAGUUUUAUAGAUAUUGCACACCAAAGAUUUAAUAUUUUUAAUUUUAUGAAGUUCUUGUCCCAGUUUUUGAAGGGAAUUUCUAACUUCUAAGCAAUGUUUAAUGAAAUAUAUAGCUGCUAGUCAUAUUUCUAUUUGCUGUAAAUGUAUUUUCCAUUAAAGAGUUUUUUCACCUGUUAUGUUAAGAGUGUUGAAUCUUCUCAAAUUUCUAUGACUUAGUAUUUAUCUAAUGUAAUUUUGCUAGAGAUUUUUCUCUAGGCAACAUCUGUAUCCCUCACCUAUGAAUCAAUGUCUGAAAACUUAAUAAAAAGAUAACAUUA